GGUUUGUUUUUGGGUUUCCUCUGCCUGAUACUCUUCAAAAUAAAAGGUGUAUUGGUUUCGGGGAUCCAAACAAUGAAACAUAUUAGUGUCUCUUCUAAUUCCAAGUAGAAACAAAGGUGGUGCCAAAAACAACAAAGGGAAAGGAGAAAGCGAUAGAAUGAAGCCUUUUUUUGUUUUGGUCUCAGUGUUUGCUUCAUUAACAGCUGCUUGGAAUGAUAAAGGAUGGCUGGUUGGACCAGGUGGAGGAGCAGCAGCAGCUGGAUGGGGCGUAGCUGGUGGCAGUUGGGAUACACUUGAACUGACACCAGCACAACAUAUACUGGCCGCUGUGCCCGCAGCAGAACGCGGCAAUUUUUUGCUCUACCAAUUAGCCCUGGCCAUAAAUUCUGGCAACUUUUUGGAUCUGGAGACGAUACACGAGGAUGAGCUGAUGGAGGAGCUAAACUCCAAUUGGUUGGCCGCAAUGGCAAAUGAAUUUCAGCACAUAGAAGUGUAUGACGGUUUUCCAAUCGACUUGCAGAACUGGCUAAUGGACAGCUAUGGUCUGAGUGUCACAGAUGUUUAUCACAGCAGUUGGUGGAGAAGCCGCAGCAGCAGCAUGUCUCGAUCUCGAUCCACCGGAAACGGAAAUGGCAAUGCCAACGCCAACGGAUACAAUACUCGUCAACAGAUGUGCACAGCGGAGGGUCAGUGCUAUGACAUGGCACAAAUCGUUACUGUGUGCUGUCCAUUCUGAGAGAAAGACAGAGAGCGACCGAGUGUAUAAAUAAAA